UAAAGGGAGCAGACAGCGAGCCCAGCGUAGCACUUUCACUUUUUCGCUUGUCAGAGGGAGGAUGGUGCGUGGAGGCCUCUGUGUCAUCCAUUAAAAAAAAAAAAAAAAAGGGACACACAUUCACAUCGGAAGCUUCUAGGUCAGCCCUUUCAACAAACGCUCUUCUAGGAAGGGGCUGGGGGGAGAAAAAGGACUCCCGGGCACAAGUGGGAAAAUCCAAAGUGAGAGAGAGAGAGAGCGGGAUGGCGUGAGAGGAUCCAUGCUGGAAAGUACCAGCAGCCAGGAAUACUCUACUUUUCACUGGGAGGACGGCGGCGCCGCCGACGGCAGCAACGCUCUCUGUGUCAAAGACCCCGGGAAGUUUGCCUCUCACAGACUGACACAGACUGAAAGGCCUGUUGUCUGUGUGGACGUGGGAUCGCUGGCAAGCAGAGAAAUGGAGACGUGUCCUUUUUUAGAAAGAUAAAAGGAUGUCACUGCCAGUUUUGCUCUUGCUAUCACUCUUGACUGUCCAAUGCGGUGGAUGUGACUUUGACUGGGACGUGGUGAAGAACGUGAAAACGACCAUUGACGCCAACCCGACCGGAUUUCGGACAGUAUUUCCCAAAAAUUACUAUGUGUCGCACCACUACACAAAGAGCAUGCUCUGUGACACGGACCCCUGUUGUGUGUUCCCCGCUGCAAUCGUCCUCCUGGAAUCCUGGAAUGUUCUUUUAAGCAACCUCUGGCAUGAGCACCUCAACCGCUCCUUGGUCUUUGACUUCAAGCACACACUGGAGAGAAUCAUCAGAAAGAAUAAAAACACAGAGAGGUUCCAGGAGGAGAUAGACCCGGCCCAGUUCUCCCCGCUGUUGUCGUCCCCCGAGGAGCUGCUGAAGCUGACGUCGGAGGUGUUCCAGCGUUGGCUGGAGGUCGGAUGCUCGCCGUCCAUCCAAGUGUGUGACAUCCCCACCCUGCCGCCCCCCAUGGAGAAGGCGUUGCUGCGUCCGGCCAGGGUGAGGCUCCUCACCACCCGGUCGAUCAGCAGCAGCAUGGAGGAGGUGGAGUGGGAACAGAUGAUAGACGUUACGCCGCCUCCGUCCGGCGGUGCCGCGGCCUCGCUUUCCGUGCGUCCCGCCUCCGCGUGGAGCCUCCUUCUGCUGGGACUCUACUGGUGGUUGUCGCCAUAGCAACCUAAAAGGAUGGGAGACAUUUCCUGGCACUGAAUGUUUUCUUUGUUUGUCUUGUUGAUAUGAAGUGACAUGCGCAGGUUGCAUUUUUCAUCUUUUUUUGCUGCUGUUGGCCACACUACACGUAACAGCGUCCCAUGCUAGCAUAGUCCGCUCAUAGCCUUCCUCAGCUAGCUAAGCUCUCUUCGUGCUAACGCCAAUGCACACAAACUAAAUAAUUGUUUUCCUAACUUUACUUUUGUAUGGAAAUGUACACUAAAGCCAAUUAGAUAUCUUUGCUCUAGUUGUUUUUAGCAGGAGCACAGUCAGCAUUUUUUACACUUAUACCUCAGUUAGCGUACGCCCUGGUUAGCGUUAACCAAAGUUUUGUCUCGGUUUGCGUACAUUCUCCAGCAUGGCCCGCGUCUUGUCGUGUUAUUUAAUACGCUGCGUAUGUUUAUCACAAAACGCCCUCGUUAGCAUCUUGCUAAUAUGCGGAAACAGGAAGCGGAAGUCGGCCCCGUCGCCCUCCUAUGAUGUCAUCAGCGGAUGACUGUAGUUCUUUCCUAGCCAACACAGUUAAGCCUCACAUAUGUUAACACAAAACACAUUUUUACACUUUUAUAAUGAUAGCUUGACACGCAUAAAGCAAUUGUAAAGGCAUAUAAACGAUGAAUGAAAGGCAUAAAUUUUAAGCUCACGCUUGCCUUUGAUUGUUGCCAAAGACACCAUGUGGCAGCGAGAUCAACACCUUCCUCUUUCGCUGUAACUUGUUUCCUCAGUUCAAUAGUCAAAAUACUGCCAUUUGGAACUUUCUUUGCCUCCAUUUUGGCUUAUUUAAAAAAAAGCACAGACUUGAGGUCACUACUGAAUUAAAGAAAUAAGUCAUGGCAAAACAAAAAAGUGGUGAUGUCGCCGCCACAUGGUGUCUUUGGCAACAGUGAAGGUAAAAAUAAUGUUCAUUUUUUUAUUUAUAUGUAUUUCACUUUGUUUUAUGCAUGUACAACUAUGAAAAUUAGGGCUGUCAAACGGAAGUUUCCUUUAACAGCACUAUUUUUUGACACGUGAGUUACGUGCACAAGUCCUUUUUUACCCUUAGCCGACGCCGUAGUCCGAGGAAGCGUGUAGCGACCGUGUAGCUACAAACGGGAGCAAAUAUUGAGCAGAAAUGGAGAAAGAAAGGCGUAUGUUGAUUGGUAAAUUUGCCUGAAAUCCCAGGCAGAUGGCUCUCGCAACAAGACCAAAGUUAUUUGUUAUCUACUGUCGCUGUGAUUGGGAUUAUCAAGGAGUAUGUCGUUGUCGAUUUGCCAGAGAGAAGCGAGAAUGUACUGAAGCACUGCUGGUAUAUUUUUUGUUGCCAUCUUUAUAGUGGUAACUUGGCAUACGAGUGUCCCACCGAACAAGUGUUUUUUUUUUUUUUUUUUUAGAUGCGAGCAGUCUCUCGGCUAAUUUUUUUUUUACUUGGAA